AUGCAUAAAGCUACCAAGAGAUUAGCACAUGAGAAUACACUUUUGAGUGCAGAAAAUCGUACACUUCGGAAGGCAAACGAGGCAUUAAGCAAACGUCGACACGCAAAAAAGAUUCAAUUACAUCAAGGAGGAGUGCUUACCGGACAAGAGGCUCUUGAUAUAUUAUCUCAACAAAAGGUUGAUGUUCAGAUUCAACGCGACGAGCGUCAAAAGAGAGGGAAUUCUAAUGGGGAAGCAUCUUCUAGUCGAUGCUGUAGAAAGCAAAGGAAGAGGAAAGGAGCGGUGAGGCGGGAAGUCAAGACCACUGAUAUAAACUGA